AUGGAUGAUACAGACACUGCUACAACAAAGGAGUUGACACAGAAUGCAACAAGAGUUAUGCAGACAUCAACAAAGGUGUUGAGCAACAGAGCCGUUAGAGAAGACGGUGAUGCACCGGUGCUGCCGGGUGGUAGUCAAGACAUGCUAGGCUUGAUACUGUUUCCAAAGUCCAUCUAG